AGGGAAGGAAGGGAAAACAAAACCCAGCCCUCUUCACCUAUUAUUCCUCCUCCUCCUCCUCCCGCCCAGCCGGCUUCUGCCGCAUUUCGUGCAUCUUCGCUGAAGAGAAGCAGCAGCAGCUGAGCGCAGCCAAGAAGACCACCACCUCCUCCUCCUCCUCCUCCUCUUCCUCCACCGCCAUGGCGACCCCUGCGACCAUCCACCAGGAUACCAACAACCACAUGGACCCUUUCACCUACGACUAUGACACGUUGCGCAUGGUUGGGCUGGUCUUGGCCAUCGUCAUGUUUGUGCUGGGAAUCUUGAUAGCACUGAGUAAAAAGUUCAGGUGCAAAAAAUCUGACCCCAGCCUGUCGGAUCCCAGGGCAGCAGGCAAGACUCCCACUCCAGCUGGCAGUGCAUAGGCGCCAUCUCCAAGAUGUGCUGCUCUCAACUGGCUGGGGGAUGAACUGCGCCCAGGAACAUUUCUCCUGAGACCUUGGCACCUUGGCACUGACUGCCCGGGAGGGGGAGGGGCUCUCCGUUCUAUCCUCAACGAGGGAGGGGCAAUUUUAUAACCAAGUUAGCUCUUGCGCUUCCAUUGCAUGAUGGGAGCAAGCACCUGGGCAGGGCUGGGGCGCUGCUCAGGUGAUGUAGUAGCGUGGCAGACCCUUCUGCCUGUCAGUUUCCCAGCUGGCACCUGCCCUGCUGGGGGGCUGGUUCCUAUAAUCCACCUCCCCCCAAAGGUCCCUAAAAUUGCAAUAAUGCUGCCCGCUGUCGCUGCUACCACCGCCCUCUAGAAAACAUCCACCAAAAAGAAAUGCCCCCUUACUGUAGGGCAUAAUAAACCUCCAUUGCUCUUGCUGCUGCUGCUGCUUUGCUUUCUCAUGCUACGCUGUGAAGUCCAAUGACCAUCAUAGCCCCAAGGGGAAAGAGCCACAUUGGCCCCUUGGCUUUUUAAGAACAGAAAGGCCAUUCGUGUCUGUAGUGGAUGGGCAAGGGUGUUCAGUCCGCCCUGGACCCCCAAAUAGGACUGGAAUAAGAAUGUGCAGGGGAGGGCUUGCUUCUGUGGCAUACUUUCUGCUUUCCCUGGGGAGGGGGGCUCCCCACAGCUUCUCCUCGCUUGUACCAUCCACAUCUCCAUGUCUCAUCUACGCAUGGAGCCAAAUUUGACAAAUCAAUAAAUGUGGGGUUUUUCUAACUGA